ACCCCGGCCGCCGCCGACUUGACAUUCACCCUCCUUUUCUGACUCACUUCUCGCUGUCUCAUCCCGCCCCCGCGGCCGGUCCGAAGUCUCGAUUUCGAGAUCUGGAAGAGCUAGGCGGCACCGGUGGCAGAUUUGCGAGUCAUGGCUGCAGCUAUGAAGGGCCAAGUGUGCGUGGUGACCGGCGCGUCCCGAGGCAUCGGCCGCGGCAUUGCCCUGCAGCUCUGUGAGGCCGGCGCCACGGUCUACAUCACCGGACGCCACCAGGACACGCUGCAGGCCACCGCACAGGAGGCACAAGCCCGAGGGGGCCAGUGUGUGCCGGUGGUGUGUGAUUCAAGCCAGGAGAGUGAAGUGAAAAGCCUGUUUGAGCAGGUGGAUCGGGAACAGAACGGGCGCCUGGACGUGCUAGUGAACAAUGCCUAUGCCGGGGUCCAGACACUCAUGAACCACUUUGGGAAGGAAUUCUGGAAAUGUCCUGCCUCUAUUUGGGAUGAUGUCAACAAUGUGGGACUCAGGGGCCACUACCUGUGCUCCGUGUAUGGGGCACGGAUGAUGGUUCCCGCCGGCCGGGGCCUCAUCGUGAUCAUCUCCUCCGCUGGGGGACUGAAAUACCUCUUCAAUGCAUCCUAUGGCGUGGGCAAAGCUGCGUGUGACAGGAUGGCUGCUGACUGUGCCCUGGAGCUGAAGCCCCACGGGGUCAGCUAUGUGUCUCUCUGGCCGGGGUUGGUACAGACAGAAAUGCUGAUGGAGCGUUUAAAAACCGACAAAACCGCCGACUCUGUGCUUAAGAAGUUCCAGAUGGAUUUAUCAACUGCGGAGACCACCGAAGUGAGCGGCAAAUGUGUAGUGGCUCUGGCCACAGACCCCAAUAUCCUGAGCCUGAGUGGGAAGGUGCUGCCCUCCUGCGACCUGGCACGGCGCUAUGGCUUUCAGGAUGUGGACGGCCGCCCUGUCCAAGAUUACCUGUCCGUGAGCUCCGCGCUGUCCCGCGUGUCCAGCGUGGGCUGGCUGGCCUCCUACCUGCCUGGCUUCCUCCGCGUGCCCAAGUGGCUUCUGACACUGUCCGCCAGCAAGUUCUAACUCGGCCUCCGGCCCUGCGUCGCCUCCACUGCCUGGGUGCGCCCCCGGGGCGGCUCCUGUGGGGCUCCAGGGGUCCUUGCAAGAUGCCUUGGUUUUCCAUCUCUUACCUCUGAUGUGCUGCCUCCGGGUGGGAAAAU